AUGGGGCCCCCCCGCCUGGGUGUGGGGGAGGGGCGGGCGCCUGUGGACCACGUGGGGCAGGUCCCCAGCGUCCCCUUCUUCCUGGGCGGCAAGACCCCUGGACGCGCGUUUCCCCGGGGCGCCCUUUCCCUUCUCGCACCCGGGCCAUGUGGCCAACGGACUGUCCCGACACGCAUAGUGGGUGGAAAGGAUGCAGAGCUUGGGCACUGGCCGUGGCAGGGCAGCCUGCGCCUAUGGGGCUCCUACUACUGCAGGGCAAGCCUGCUGAACCGACGCUGGGUGCUCUCGGCCGCGCACUGCUUCCAAAACAACAGAGAUCCCUAUGAAUGGUCGGUCCAGUUUGGCAAGCUGUCUGCCACACCGUCCAUUUGGAACCUGCAAGCCUACUACAACCGUUACAACGUGGAGUAGAUCUUUUUGAACCCCAAUUAUCUGGGGGCUGCAUCGUAUGACAUCGGCCUGCUGAAGCUGUCCUCCUCCGUUACCUACACCAAGUACAUCCAGCCCAUCUGUCUCAUGGCUUCCUCCUCUGAGUUUGAGAACCAGACUGACUGCUGGGUGACCAGCUGGGCAGACAUUGAAGAAGAUCAGGACCUGCUACCUCCCUACAAUCUUCAGGAAGUGCGAGUCUCCAUCAAAAACAAAUCCCGGUGUUCCUACCCGUUCCAUCAGCCUGCUUACCGCAGUCACAGCAGUAAUAAUAUGAUUUGUGCUGGCUCUGAGGACGGCAACACUGACACCUGCAAAGGUGACCCAGGCGGACCCUUGGUCUGUGAAAAGAAUGGGCUGUGGAUUCCGAUUGGAAUCAUGAGCGGGGGAGUGGGCUGUGGUAGGCGCAACCGGGCCAGCAUCUACACCAAUGUCAGUAGUUACUUCAACUGGAUUCAGAUGCUCGUGGGCCGCAGCACACCCAGGCCAGAACUCUCUCAGUUGCUGCUGCCCCUCGCUCUGCUCUGGGCUCCCUGA